AUGCAGUCGCAGGGAAAUAUUGCUGGUGCAGUGAACACUGUUCAGCAGGAGGAUUCGGAGGAAGAGCCUGAGGAUCCGGAAGAAGAGCCUGAGGAUUCGGAAAAGCAGCCCGAAGACUCAGAAGAGAAGCCCGAAUCUUCCCAACCAGCUCAGCAGCACGAGAAGGAGGCCAAGAAUGAGGAAGACGAGGUCGACGAUGUAGAGAUGGAAGAUCCAUCACUUCCCUCCUAUCUCACCAUCUUGGAGGAGUGCCUCGAUGAAUGCCACUUCAUCGAAAAAAAGCCUCCUGCCUCUGGCGUCAUUCCUGGUUUCGGUCUGUUCCUGGAAGCCAAAGUCGAGGGUAGAGAUGUUCCAUUCUUCCAUGCCGUAGAAGCACAUUGCCGCGGACUCCACGCAGUCGAGAAGACUAGAAAGCUGACUGCAAGGGAGAAGAUGCGGCUGUGGGAACUCAGACAGGCCGCCGGAGAGCUGGAGUACUCGCACUAG